AUGGGUUUAUCUACUUAUAAUCCUGCUAAUCAAGUAAGAUAAUCAUUUUGUGGAACUGUUGAUUAUAUAUCUCCAGAAAUUGCUGCAGGAGAGAUUAUGAUCAUACAGUAGAUUUAUGGGUUAUUGGAAUUUUAGCAUUGA